AUGCACUCGACAGAGCCCUGGAUUCUGACUUCCCUCUUCUCCGGCAAGUUGUAUAUUUGGAAUUACAACACGGGAGACGUGGUCCGCCAGUGGGACGUCACCAACACUCCUGUUCGUGCGUGUAAGUUUAUUGAGCGAAAGCAGUGGGUGAUUGUGGGCUGUGAUGAUCUGAAAAUUCGCGUGUACAACUACAAUACUGCAGAAAAGGUAACCGAGUUCGAUGCGCACUCCGACUACAUUCGCUGCAUCGACGUCCACCCUACGGAGCCUCUGAUUCUCUCCGGCGGUGACGACAUGAUGAUCAAGCUGUGGAACUGGGAGCAAAACUGGCGUAACGUGCGAACAUACGAGGGUCAUUCCCAUUAUGUCAUGCAAGUGAAGUUCAACCCGAAAGACAGCAACACGUUCGCUUCCUGCUCCCUCGACAACACGAUCAAGGUCUGGGGCCUCAACACGAGCUCGCCCUACUACACGCUCAACGAGCACAAAGCCGGUGUGAACUGUCUCUGCUACUCCCCCGCGGGAGACAAGCCGUAUCUCCUCUCCGGCUCGGACGACAAGACGAUCCGCAUCUGGGACUAUCAAACGAAAACGUGCAUCCAGACGCUGGAAGGCCACACGGAGAACAUAACCGCGGUUCUCUUCCACCCGAAGCUGCCAAUCAUCGUGUCGGGGAGCGAGGACGGGUCUCUGCGGAUCUGGCACAGCGUGACGUACCGCUGCGAGCUGACGCUGAACUACGCGAGCGGCCGCGUGUGGGCGGUGGAGAGCGCGGAGCAGUCGAGCAAGCUGGGAAUCGGGUUCGAUGAGGGAUCCGCGGUGAUCCAGCUGGGGUCGGAAGUGCCGAUUUUGUCGAUGGACGGGAACGGACAUGUGAUGCUGUGCGAUAACGGGGACAUCCGAACCGCCAUCCUGCAGAAUCUGCACUGCACCGAGGAAACCGCGCUCAGCCCCGUGUACAAAGAUAUAUCCGUGAGAGAAUGGCUCUUCCCCCAGUCCCUCCACUACAACAACAACGGUCGCUUCAUGCUUCUCUGCGGCGACGGCGAGUACUCCAUUUCCACCACGCGCGUCCUCCGCUCCAAGUGCUUCGGGCCCGCGCUCGAGGCCGUCUGGGCCGCCGACGGCAACGGCGACUACGCCGUCAAGGAGACGCCGUCGCGCGUGAAGCUGUUCAGCAACUUCAAGGAGAGCUACACGAUCGAAACGCCCUUCCAGGUGGAGAAGAUUUUUGGCGGGAAGAUGCUGGGCGCGCGCGGGCAGAACUUCCUGGUGUUCUACGACUGGCAGUCGGGCGACGUGGUGCGGAAGAUCGACGUGGCGGCGACGAGCGUGUUCUGGAACGAGGAGGGCUCGCUGGUGGUGAUCGGGACCGCGGACGGCUUCUUCGUGCUGGCGGCGGAGGAGACGGAGGCCGGCGUGGCGUUCGAGCUGCUGCACGAAGUGGGCGACGCCGUGGUGAGCGGGUGCUGGGUGGGCGCGUGCUUCCUCUACACCACGGAGAAGGGAUUCAAGUACUACGUCGGCGGCGAGGUCAUCAUCGUCAAACACCUCCAGUCCCGCGGGUUCCUUCUCGGCUAUCUCGACAAGGAGAGCGUCGCCGUGCUCGUCGAUAAGGACAAGAAUUUAACCGCGGUGCCGCUCGAUCGCGCGCUGCUGCGGUACCAAACCGCGGUUCUGGCGAAGAAUUUCGAGCUGGCGAACUCGAUCCUGCCGGAAAUCGGGCAGCAGGAACUGGAGAAACUUUCCCUGUUUCUCCAAAGCCAGGGGUUCCUGGAGGAAGCGAUGAACGUGACGCGGGACGCGAUGCGGAAGCUGGAUUUGGCGAUCAGCAUGAAGAACGAGAAAACCGCGAUUCAAAUCCUCGAGGAAAUCAGCGAGGAGGGACCGGAGAUCGCCAAGUACUGGUCGCAGAUCGCGGAAAUCUGCAUGGCGAAGGGCGACAUCCCCACGGCGCUGAAAUGCAACGAGCACGCGAAGGACUUCAGCACGAUGCUCCUCAUUGCAUCCUGCUACAGCGACGCGGAGCUGAUGAAGCGCACGGAGGAGCUGGCCAGAGAGGCGGAGUGGAGCAACGUGGAGCUGAUGGCUGCGUUCCUGCGCAAGGACACGAAGGCUUGCUUCGAUUUGCUGGUGCGGAAGAAACGGUAUCCGGAGGCUGCUUUUUUCGCGAGCACGUAUGCGCCGGAGUUGCAGAAUGAAGCGGUGGAACUGUGGAAGGAGGACAUGCAGAGAAGAGAAAGCUCGAUGAAGAAGGGGAACAUGUAGUAGUGAGUGAUGAUAAGAAUAGUU